CUGCACGAUGGCGCGCUUUGCCGCGAGAAAGAGCCCGGGAGGCGCGCCGUGUCGCACCGGGAGUGUGCGGACGUGACGGGAGGAUGACAGUUCGAUCCGGCGGCAGCUGCGUGGGCGCCAAGCUGGUAAAGCCGACACGUGCGAGACGGUAACCAGAGAGUUUGAGCCAGGAUGCAUCUCACGGCGUCACGACUGCGAGGCAACCCCCCGGCCGUUGCAUUGCUCCUCUCCCUGUGUCUUGGCUUCCCGGCCCGGGCGCUGCCUUGCCCGCCUUGCUGCCUGUGUGCCAGCGAUAUUAUUUGCUGCAGUGCUAGCAAUCUGUCAACGCCGCCCUCAGACCUCCCCGGCUACACCACGCACCUAGACCUGAGCCACAACUACCUCGCCACGCUGCCCGCCGGUUGGACGAACGGGACAUUGGAGCGGCUCGCCACGCUGAUCCUCUGCCGCAAUCGGAUCGGGGGCAUCGAGGCGAACGCCUUCGCCGGCACGCCACGUCUCCUCCACUUGGACUUGUCGUCCAACAAGCUGUCAGCUCUCGACGCAUCCAUGUUUGCCGGACUCAAAGAUCUAAGGGAGCUGCUACUGUUUGGCAACCAGAUUGUCUACAUCCCUCCUGAUUCCUUCAGUGGUCUCCCAAGCAUUGUCAAGCUCUACCUGUCUGGAAAUCAACUGACGUCAAUUCCUGUAGGUCUCAUGGACCUCAACUGGACCUUCCUGGACCUGUCCUCCAACAAGCUCUCCGGUGUCCACGUCCACGUUCUGCUCUCCCGGAGCCUACGUGGCGAGAUCUAUUUGCAGGGGAACCCGCUGGUGUGCGACUGCGCUUUGCUGGCUUUGCUGGAGUACUGGACGUGGACGCGGUAUCGCCCCCUAGUGGACUUUCGAGACGAAUACCCUUGCGGAGCCUCAACGUUCAACUGCAGCCUGGAUGUCGACUCGGUCAAGGGCAGGAGAUACCAGGUGGAUCCUGGGAAGUGGGUGUGGGUGUCGUGUCCUGGCUUUGCGCCGCUCCCUAUGGAGGAUGCGGUCGUGUUCUGGGUGACGCCCACGACCGUGCUCAAUUCGUCGACGCACGACCCCCACGCUCGCCUCGCCGUCCUCCCUAACGGAAGCCUGGAGAUACGAGGCGCUCUGAUGGAGGAUUCUGGCUCCUAUGCGUGCGUAGCGGCUCGCGGGCGUGACUACGACCCCGACGUGGUUCUUGGAAACACGAGCGGCGUCGCUUCCGGCGGCUCGGUCACCCGCAGCGGGACUGAGCACUUCAACACGGCGUUCACCACCCUGGCUUCCUGCGUGGUCAGCAUCGUUCUAGUGUUGCUUUACUUGUACCUGACGCCGUGUCGGUGCACGGGGAACAGGGGCGGUGCAUCGAGAGGGUGCGGCGGGCGAGCUAUGAUGCUCUGCUCCGACCCCAGAGAAGUGGAGGCGGGACAGAGGAGGUCCAACGGGAAACGGGUGGCGUUUUUGGAGCCCCAAGCGGAGGACGCCAAUACCGGUGGUGCGAAAUCCCCGACCUUGAGUCCUGUGACCACGGAGGGCAUUCUUAAAAACGGAAGCAGGACGGUGGGACAGACCCUCACAGACACAAUCCUUGUGGCGUAACAGGAACAGGGGCGGUGCAUCGAGAGGGUGCGGCGGGCGAGCUAUGAUGCUCUGCUCCGACCCCAGGGAAGUGGAGGCGGGACAGAGGAGGUCCUACGGGAAACGAGUGGCGUUUUUGGAGCCCCAAGUGGAGGACGCCAAUACCGGUGGUGCGAAAUCCCCGGUUACAAGUCCUGUGACCACGGAAGGCAUUCUUAAAAACGGAAGCAGGACCGUGAGACAGACCCUCACCGAUACGAUCCUUGUGGCGUAACGCCAGAAAAAACUAUAUCACUAAAAACGUAGUCUGCAUUUCGCUUAUAUUACGUCGGAAUCUGGGGUGUAGCGAUAAACGCUAUUCACGAUAACUGCGGUGAAACUCUCAACAGUUAGUGUUGUCGUUUUUAAUUCAAACGAUUCAAACCGUGACUGAUAGUCGCACUUUGAUAAAUUUGCUGAUCGACUGGCGCUAGCUCGCUAGUUUAAAUGCUAACACGCCAACAUCUAAGACACGGGUGCCCAAAAUUGUUCCACUGAGGGCCACAGACUGACAAAUCAAAGCAUGCAGGGGCCAGUUUGGUAGUUUUCACCUAAAAAGAUUUAUUUUUGCGAAAUUAGAAGAUGCAACUUCGAUGGACGUUUCGUGUGUACGUUGAAGAGCCAAAGCCGAACUGAUAAGCUAACUGUUAACACGCUGGCCAGAUAGUGCCAAGUAACAAAAGAAUAGGGGCGAAAUAGCAUGCUAACAGCUAACGUCAAAUCCCAAAAUAUGACAUAGGUGUACACCUACAAAAUUAGUAGGAAAAAAAGCUAGCAUGCUAACGUUAGCAUAUUAACAGGUUAUUUAUUUUUAUUUUCACAGAAUUAGAACAAUGCAAUUUCAAUAGACAUUUCGAGCCAAAACCAAACUGAUAUGCUAGCAGUUAGCGUCAAGAGAAAAAAAAAAUAUGGGCAAAAUGAGCUAACAAUCGCAUGCUUACAGUUAACCUUAGAAGAAAUACCAAAUUAUAAACUGCUAAAAACCUACUAUUUAACUGAAAUAGCUAGCAUGCUAAUAAUAGCAUGCUAAAAUACUGACGAACACAUGUCAAGUACCACAAUAUAUGAGCCUGAGGUGUGUGCCCGAAAAAUGUGUUUAAAAUAAUAGCAUGCUAACGUCAAAUACGUCAAGAGAAAAAGCCAGCAUACUAACGUUAGCAUGUUAACAGGUUAUUAAUAUUUUUCUUUUCAUAAAAUGAUACCAAAUAUCAAAUUAUAAACUGCUAUAAACCUACUAUUUAACUAAAAUAGCUAACAUGCUAACAUUAGCAUGCUAAAAUACAGAUGAACACAUAUCAGUCUGAGGUGUGUAUCUGAAAAAUGUGUUUAAAAAAUAGCAUGCUAACAUCAAGAAAAAAAGCUAGCAGACUAACGUUAGCAUGUUAACGGAUUGAUAUUUAUUUUUUUUACAAAUCAUACCAAAUAUCAAUUUAUAAACUGCUAAAAACCUCCUAUUUGACUAAAAUAGCUAGCAUGCUAACAUUAGCAUGCUAAAAUACAGAUGAACACAUAUCAGUCUGAGGUGUGUACCUGAAAAAUGUGUUUAAAAUGAUAGCAUGCUAACAUCAAGUACGUUAAGAGAAAAAUGUUGUAUACUAACGUUAGCAUGUUAACAGGUUAUUGAUAUUUAUUUUCACAAGUGAUACCAAAUAUCAAAUUAUAAACUGCUAAAAACCUACUACUUAACUGAAAUAGCUAGCAUGCUAACAUUAGCAUGCUAAAAUACAGAUGAACACAUAUAAGCCUGAGGUGUGUAUCUGAAAAAUGUGUUUGAAUAAUAGCAUGCUAACCGUCAAGAAAAAAAGCUAGCAUACUAAUGUUAGUAUGUUAACAGGUUAUUGAUAUUUAUUUUCACAAAUGAUACCAAAUAUCAAAUUAUAAACUGCUAAAAACCUACUAUUUAACUGAAAUAGCUAGCAUGCUAACAUUAGCAUGCUAAAAUACAGAUGAACACAUAGAAGCCUGAGGUGUGGAUCUGAAAAAUGUGUUUAAAUAAUAGCAUGCUAACCGUCAAGAAAAAAAGCUAGCAUACUAAUGUUAGCAUGUUAACAGAUUGAUAUUUAUUUUUUUUACAAAUCAUACCAAAUAUCAAAUUAUAAACUGCUAAAAAACUCCUAUUUAACUAAAAUAGCUAGCAUGCUAACAUUAGCAUGCUAAAAAUACAGAUGAACACAUAUAUCAGUCUGAGGUGUGUACCUGAAAAAUGUGUUUAAAUAAUAGCAUGCUAGCGUCAAGAAAAAAAGCUAGCAUACUAACGUUAGCAUGUUAACAGAUUGAUAUUUAUUUUUUUACAAAUCAUACCAAAUAAUCAUGAUGUAUUCAAAUGCAUGUGGUGUAUAUAUA